UCUCCAUGACCGUCGAAGAGCAAUGGCGGCGAGCCGGGGGUCCUCUUCGAGAUGGGUUUUCACCCGGGAGCAGCUCGAAAGCACGCCGUCUCGCCGAUGCGGGGUCGAACCGGACCGGGAGCUAUCUUACCGGCAACAAGCGGCCAAUUUGAUCCAAGACAUGGGUCAGAGACUCAAUGUCUCUCAACUGACUAUAAAUACAGCAAUUGUUUACAUGCAUAGAUUUUAUAUGCACCACUCAUUCACCAAAUUUCACAGGAAUACAAUAUCUCCCACUGCACUAUUUUUGGCCGCCAAGGUGGAAGAACAGCCACGGAAACUGGAAUAUGUGAUUAAAGUUGCGCACGCCUGCCUAAACCCGCAAGAAUCACCUCUUGACACUAAGAGUAAUGCAUACCUCCAGCAAGCUCAAGAGCUGGUGAUACUUGAAUCCAUAGUGCUGCAGACUCUUGGCUUUGAAAUUACUAUUGAUCAUCCACAUACUGAUGUGGUGAAAUGUUCCCAGCUAGUGCGAGCAAGCAAGGAUCUGGCUCAGACUUCCUAUUUCAUGGCUACCAACAGUCUACACCUCACUACAUUCUGCCUACAGUACAAGCCCACUGUGAUUGCAUGUGUGUGUAUUCACCUGGCAUGCAAAUGGUCCAACUGGGAGAUACCAGUGUCCACUGAUGGGAAACACUGGUGGGUGUACGUGGACAACUCUGUUACUCUUGAGCUGCUUGAUGAGUUGACUCAUGAGUUUCUGCAAAUUUUGGAGAAGACGCCCAGUCGGUUAAAGAGAAUACGCAACUGGAGAGCAACCCAAGCUGCUAAAAAGCCAAAAUCUGAGAACAGCCAACUGACAGAUACUUCCGUUGCUGGUCCUUCGAUGUUUCAAGACCAUUCCCUGCUUGACGGCUCACUUGUUGGAGUAUCAAGGUCAAGUUUUCCCAAAGCAGGAGCCGCCUUCACAGUCUCUCUUUCUGCUCAGCCUGGAGGUACACCGCUGUCUCUGGACUCCUUGGCUGGCCCCUACAACCCACCUAGCCACAGUGAAUGGCCCCAGACCAAUCCGAGUCAAGCAGGAUAUUCAUCCGGCUAUAUUAAACAGGAAUCUCUCAGCCCCUCUCAUCAAGAGCAGACACUGUUCUUACAUGCAUCUUCUGCCUCUUUGCAUCCCCAGUCAUUAGCAAUCAAGACUGAGAAAACUGUCGAUCUUAACAUAAAACAGGAACUAAAAGGAGCAUGUGCAAGUGGAGCUGGCAAGCAUCUGCCAACUAGUUCAUCUUCCUUUCCUCCACCACAACACUCCGCUGUCCCCAAAAUGUCGCUGGACAAAUACAGAGAAAAACACACUGUAGAUUCUGCUGCCUCUGGGCUGAAAAGCCGACAGGAGAACACUACACUCACAGAGAACAACUCGAGAGGGGAUCAGUCAUCCUCCUCAAGCUAUGCACAGCCGUCUUUGAGCCAAGUUGAUCAUAGAAAGUAUGCACAAAUGCAUCAAAUUUCCCAAAGUGCCCAUAGUUUAGGGAGCAGUAGCAGCGCCACUGCUUCACCAAUGAAGAACAGAGUUCCUUCCACAGUGUCAGGACAAGAGAGACGACAUCACAGUGACAAAUGGGACAAAAGUUCACUUAAUCUCCACCUGGCAAUUCCUGGUUCUGGAAGCUCGCAGCUUGACAGAAGCAAGGAGGAGCUCAAGAUGAAAAUAAAAGUUUCCUCGUCAGCAGAGCGUCACAGUUCGUCUGAUGAAAGCGUGGCCGCCAACAACAAGAGCAAACAUUCCAGCCCGCUGGUGAGCAAAGAGAAACAGCACAGAGGCGCGGAUCACGUUCACCGUCAUCAUAAAUACACGCACCACAACCCCCACUCUCACAGCGGGAACGGACAAGGGGCCUCUGAGGGCCUGUUUCGAGGCCCUCCGGGACUGAUAACGCUAGAAGGAAUCACACUUCCUCACAGCGGUUCCGCAUCUUUGACUUCUUCCUCAUUACGAAAGAGGACACACCCCGAGAUCAAUCACAAUCAACACUCUGCCUCAUCCUCCACGUCUUGCUCCAAACCGAGCAAACUCUCCAAGGGUGGCACUGGUGUUGCAGGUGGGCUACGGACCUCCCAGCAGUUCCUCUCACCUAGCGGGUCACCUCAUGAAGUAGGAGACCAGAAGCACUGAGCAACCCUUCUGCAGACACGGUCGUCACUUAGAAAUUGAAAGAAACAGCCCAGUUCAAACUACUUGGGUACACCUUGUUAAGUGUCCUAAGCGAAAAACUGAGGUGAUGAUAAACCCUUUAUCUAAAGGCAGAACAUUGUUCUAACAAAUGAAGAAUGUUUGUGGCCCUGCGAUAGAAAUAGAGGAACAUAAAGCUUCCAUACUCUGACCUCUGAGCUGUGAACCCCAUUUUUCUCCUGGUGUCAAAUCGCUGCUGGUCUUCUUCCUGAAAUGCGCCGCUAGUCACGCAAAGGUUGUGUGUUUAGAUGGUGGAUGGGGAAGUGUAUAUUUUGAGUGAUGGGAAAAUAAUCUUCCUGCAUUUCACAUCUCCUUAUAGGAAAACAGAAGUAUUACAAGUUUUUCAAAAGGCACGAAUUAUGUGGCCUUAUUUUGUUCCUCGCGUUUUCUAUUUAAAUCAGUUAUGCAAUAUAACGCAGCAUUCUAAUGGCCAGCUAGAGAGGACUUCAACUUAUGUUUGUUGUCAUUCCUUAUUGCAAUAUUGAUUUUUUUUUUGUGUCGUUU